UGAUCAGCAGUGCGCUGUGUCCCUUGGACACAGCGGAUCACCGAUCACGGAAAGAGCCGAAGAUGACAGCUCGGUCAUGUGAUCAGCUGUGUUCAAUCACAGCUGAUCACAUGGGACAUGUACACUGAUGAUCAGGGCACUGAUGAUCAGUGUGCCCUGAUGAUCAGUGUAGCCCCAGCAGCAACAUCUGUCAGUGCUCAUCAGUGCCACAUCAAUGCCACAUAUCAGUGCCUACCAGUGCACAUCAAUGCCACAUAUCAGUGCCCAUCUGAGCUGCCUUUCAGUGUCACCCAUCAGUGCCAGUCAGUGCCCCCUAUCAGUGCUGCCAAUCAGUGCCAUCUAUCAGUGCCCAUCAGUGCCACCUAUCAGUGCCUGUCAGUGUCACCUAACAGUGCCAGUCAG